AUGGCCUCUCAGAAACACAUCAAAGAGCUUGUUACGGUCACGGCCCAGCAUGUUAUGAACCAUGGUGGCGUCGUUCGUAAGAUUACGAGUAUGGGAACCAGGGUACUACCUCAGCGCAUGCGUAGUCACCAGCAAUGGCAUACAACCGGAGAUUAUUGGACCAUGCACUUUGACGCAUCUCCAAAAGUCAUGCAGGCUUUGGGCGCACGUAUGCGUCAAGACCCCCGCGUGAUUCGAGUAAACGCACUCAAGCUGGGUGAGAAAUUGGAGGAUAUUGUUAAGCCUCGCGAAAAGACAAUAUCUUACGGUAGUUUGAUAUAA